UAGAUGCUUGGGCUUUGCCGGAGCUGGAGCUGUACCCAAGAGCCUCAGGCUUCAGUCCAGACCCUGAAUGGCUGGUCUCCAGUUGGCUCCACAUCUGCCUGUGGGCGUUAUGUUCCCACAUAAUAAAACAGAAGCUCCGGGGCUCCACUCAGCCAAGCAAGACCUUUAUGAACAAGGUGACUCUUCCCAGCGGUCCCCGAUGGAGCACUUGAGAAACAACUGCCAGCAGAAGUCUUUGAGCAACAAAGAGCUGGCACUGGAUAACGUCUACACUCACCCUAAAUGGAACACCUGCACAAAAACCAGGACUUAUUCCUAUCUCCACUGUGCUGGAAUCAGCCAGCGAGACUCGGGAAGUGAUUUCCAGAGCCAAGGAAAGAGUUUGUUUUAUUCAUCAAGCCCUCAAUCCCGGUAUCCCAAAGCAAAUGAUCAGGACUUCAUUCCCUUUACAAAAAAGCGAGUUGGGGUAGACCGGGCCUACCCACUGAAACCCAUGGUCCACCGGAAGUCUCAUAACACAGGUGAGGCUGGUCCUGAUGGGGACCAGAUCGUUUACCCAGGAUUUUCAGAGCCAAGAGAGUUCUCAGACAGCAACUCUGGUCUGAGGAACUGGGUGAAUUUAUCAGUUCUUGCAGCCUUGCAGGAGGAGAAGGCCAUGACAAACCUCCAUAGAACUGACUGGAUACAGAUCCAACGUCUUGAAGCUGCUGGGGAAAGCUUAGAGGAAGAAAUCCGAAGAAAGGAAAAUCUCCUGAGGGAAAAGCUGAAGAAGACAGAGCAGGGACUCAGAAGGAUCCAGAAGGAAAAGGAACAGGCCAAGGAAAAUGAAGACCAAGAACUACAGAGAAUGGUACUCUCCAGGAGAAGAAUUAAAGGCAGUAGCAGCAGCAGCACAUACAAACCUGUCUUUUCCCCAGAAGUCAGGUCUGAAGAGGUAUUGAUCAGAGACAGAGAAGAGGAGGAAAUAUGGGGAUGCCCUCAGGAGAAUUCUACUCCAUUCCAGUUGUCUGGUUAUGGAAUCCAGAGGCUCAGAAGGGAAAAACUUGUGAACAGUAAUAACAAAAUCCGAGCCCGAGCCUCAAGACCAUCUUCAGAGAACUUCUCUCAGCCUCUGGAAGAGACCAGCAGCCCUUUUCAAGAAUCUACCAGAAGUUCUAGCCUAUCCAGGACCCCAGGCUCCUCAGGCUCUAGCAGCUCGACUGAGAAGCCAGAGAUGGGCAAGUGUAGCCACUGUGGUCGCACAUUUCUCUUGCUCAGGCUGGAGAGACAUUCCACUGUCUGUGGCAGGAUGCAGGGGUCCAAGAGGAAAGUGUUUGACUCCUCCAGGGCUCGGGCUAAGGGCACAGAACUAGAGCAAUACUUGAACUGGAAGGGGCCAGAUGCAGUCAAGGCUGAACCUCCUCGGAAGAGCAACUGGAGACAAAAGCAUGAAUCUUUCAUCCGUACUCUCCGUCAGGCUCGAGAAGUCCAGCAAGUAAUUGCCAAAGGUGGAAACCCAGCAGACUUGCCUCCAAUCCUGCCGGCAGAAAAUCCAGACUAUGUUCAGUGUCCUCACUGUGGCCGCCACUUUGCUCCUAAGGUGGCUGAGCGACACAUUCCCAAGUGUAAGACCAUCAAGAACCGCCCUCCACCUCCACGGAAGCAUGAGAGCUGAGCAGAUGACAGCGAGACUACCUUAUGUAGUUCCCAAAGCUCUGCUUCUCUUCAGCAGUAAACAGAAACCAAAUAUAUUUGAUGCAAAGCAGAAAGAAAACAGAACUUUUCCAGAAGCCACAUUUGCCUGCAGUUAAGCUGCACUAGGAGAGAGCCAUUGGUAAGCAUCGAGACAGAAGAAAACCCAGCUUCCCCUCGCAUCACAACCUUUGCUUGUGUGCCUUAUGUUCUCGCCCCAAGCAAGUGGGUGAGGACAGUAAAUCAUGAACAGGCUGCAUUAAAGUUCUCUUCCGGUGAGCCUGGGCUUUGUGCUAGUGAAGGGCCUCCGGUCAUCACGUGUUCAGGGUUUCUUUAAAGCCUUCUCAUUCAUGCAAGUUCAGAGUACCGAGUGAGUUGGGAUCAGAAGACUAUGGUCACACAGAUGAUAACUGUUGAGAAAAACAAUAAAGGACUGAGGGUGCAGCUCAGUGGUAGAGUGCUUGCCUAGCGCGCACAAAGCCUGGGUUCGAUCCCUAGCACAAGAAAACAAAGGAUAGUAAGAUUGUGCUUUAAGGCAUUAUUAAAUGGAACUCUAUCUUGGCCUCCCAGGGGCAUGGUCCUGGCCAAAAGCCUAUGAAAGUACAUAAUGUGAGGGCACCAGUGUAUCUUAAACCUUCCCUGUGGUGUACUGUUAAUAAA